UCUUCCGUCCCGUCACUCGCCCGCAGGUCCCGGCAGCGCCAGUGCCAGCUCGCCCACCCGCCUGUGCCCCCCGGCCCUUCGUGCCCACCGCCGGCCUCUUCGCCCCUCCGCCCGCACACGGAUUAUGAUCAUUCCGUGCCCAGCUUCUCCACGAUUUUCUAUGGAAAACCAAGGGAAAUGGGCCGCGGUUGCCGGAAGCAGUUUCCAGGAGAGAGACGCUUUUAGAGAAGCCUGAUAUCUCUGCCCGCCCGCCCUCCCCCCAGCCAGCCAGCCAGCGGGGGCCCGCUGCACCCGGAUUCGGGCAGAGUUCGUCUCGCUCGACUUGGGCACCUCCGCCGGGGCGUCCGCGUCCCGCCCGCCCGCGGCAUGGUUGGCUUCAAGCCCACCGACGUGCCCCCGACGGCCACGGUCAAGUUCCUGUCGGCCGGCACCGCCGCCUGCAUCGCCGACCUCAUCACCUUCCCCCUGGACACGGCCAAGGUCCGGCUGCAGGUCCAAGGGGAGAGCCGGGGUCCCUCGCGGGUCCCCGCCGGCCCACAGUACCGGGGCGUCCUGGGCACCAUCCUGACCGUGGCGAGGACCGAGGGCCCGGGCAGCCUGUACAGCGGGCUGGUGGCCGGCCUGCAGCGCCAGAUGAGCUUCGCCUCCGUCCGCAUCGGCCUCUACGACUCGGUCAAGCAGUUCUACACCAAGGGCUCCGAGCACGCGGGCGUCGGGAGUCGGCUCCUGGCGGGCUGCACCACGGGGGCUCUGGCCGUCGGCUUGGCGCAGCCCACGGACGUGGUGAAGGUGCGGUUCCAGGCUCAGGCUCGGGCAGCCGGCAGCCGGCGCUACCAGGGCACCGUGGACGCCUACAAGACCAUCGCCCGGGAAGAGGGCCUACGGGGCCUCUGGAAAGGGACGUCGCCCAACGUCGCCCGGAACGCCAUCGUCAACUGUGCUGAGUUGGUGACCUACGACCUCAUCAAGGAUGCCCUCCUGAGAGGCGGCCUCAUGGCGGACGACCUUCCGUGCCACCUGACCUCUGCCUUCGGGGCUGGCUUCUGCACCACCGUCAUCGCUUCCCCCGUGGACGUGGUCAAGACGAGAUACAUGAACUCGGCCUCGGGCCAGUACGGUGGCGCCGUGCACUGCGCCCUCACCAUGCUGCGGAAGGAAGGGCCCCGGGCCUUCUACAAGGGGUUCAUGCCCUCCUUCCUCCGCCUGGGCUCCUGGAACGUGGUCAUGUUUGUCACCUACGAGCAGCUGAAACGUGCCAUCACGGCUGCCCGCGCCGCCUCCGUGGCCCCCUGCUGAGAGCUGGCUGCCCCUAGCUUCCCCCCGCUUCCCCCGCCCAUCCACUGUUCCCUCAUCAUCAUCAUCAUCAUCAUCAUCAUCAUCUCCUACCGCCCCCUCCCGCCUCUCCCACCUCCACCAUCCCACCUCAGCUGAGCCUUCCAUCCCUGCCCCGGCCCCGGCCCCUUCCGUGUUCCUCUGCUUCCUUUCCUCUUCCCCUUCCUCCUCUCCCGGCCUCUGAGCGGCAUCCCCCGGCCCCCAAUAAAGCUGAACCGUGGCCUCCGUCA